AUGGAUGAUCCUUCUGUCUAUCAUCAGCAUAACCUUCUGUACACAGAGGAAAGACUAUCACGAUAUCGUCCCGGUGGAUACCAUCCUGUCUGCCUUGGCGAUACUUUCAAGAAUGACCGCUACACGGUAUACCAUAAGUUAGGCUGGGGAGGAUAUUCGACCGUUUGGCUUGCGAAUGACAGAGAAAGACGAGCCCAAUGGGUCGCACUGAAGAUUAUAACAGCAGAUAGUUCCCUGAAUUCUCGAGAACUUGAUAAUCUACGACUCUUAGAGGAACGAUUACGAGGAAGCUUAUCAUCAAACUAUAUUGUUCAGUUACUCGACUCUUUUAUUCAUCAGGGACCGAAUGGGGCCCACCAGUGUCUCGUAUUUGAGCUGCUUGGUCCUUCUGUCAAUAGGGUUCUUAGUGACUACAAUCAUUUUGGAGAUACCCUUGAGGCAGAAGAUAUCCUUCGGAUGUCAGAACAGCUUCUACAAGCCAUUCAAUCCAUCCAUAAUGCUGGUAUGGGACAUGGAGAUAUCAGCGGCGGAAAUGUUGCAUUUACCUGCAGCCGCCUAUCGCAUAUAGCGAAGGAGGAACUCUUUAAAAUCAUUGGGAUGCCAGAGUCUGAAGACUUAGCUCGUCUCGAUGGAAGACCGUUGGACAAAAGCUUACCGAAAUAUCUAGUGAAAGCAGCUGAGUGGGUUGACUGGGUAGAUGAGGACGAAGAAGAUAUUCGGAUUUUGGACUUUGGCGAGGCAUUUCUUCAAGGAAACGAGCCAGGAAAACUCGCUCAACCGGGUCAAUUGCGGGCACCCGAAACGAUUUUCACAGAACACUUUGAUUACCGAGUGGACUUAUGGCGUGCAGGCAUUAUGAUUUAUUCAUUUAUAUUCACAUCAUAUCCAUUCCAAUACCUAGGCGACGAUGAUUUCCUGGUUGCACAAAUGAUUGGUUUCGUGGAGGAGUUGCCUGAGGAUUGGCAUCCACAAUGGAUGCGGUUGAAUUCCAAGCGCGAGUUGAUACUGGAAGAAACUUUUCAGAUAUCGAAACUAGAAAGGAGGUUCAAGGAAAGAGUGCAUGAUCCAGAACUUGCACCCCUUUUCACGAUCAUUCGAGGAUUGGUGAGGUUCCUACCGUCGAGUCGCAUGAAUGCUUCGGAAGCACUUGGUUUGUUAAGAUCAGGACAGACGACAAGCUAA